GUUUCGCCGCAGUAGCUGACGUGGAGGAUCUCCGGGCGUCUGAGCGGAGGGACUGAAUCCUCACACUAUCGGCGGAAAACAUCGCUUAAAAUGAUAAAGAAGUUCGACAAGAAGGACGAGGAGGCCGGAAGCGGCUCCAACCCAUUUCAGCAUCUGGAGAAGAGCGCCGUGCUGCAAGAGGCUCGCAUCUUCAACGAGACCCCAAUUAACCCUCGACGAUGUCUGCACAUCCUGACAAAAAUCAUCUACUUGCUCAACCAGGGUGAGCACUUUGGAACCACAGAGGCCACUGAGGCCUUCUUCGCCAUGACCAGGCUCUUCCAGUCUAAUGAUCAAACCCUGAGAAGGAUGUGCUACCUGACCAUCAAGGAGAUGGCCAACAUCUCUGAGGAUGUCAUCAUCGUCACCAGCAGUCUGACCAAAGACAUGACUGGCAAAGAGGAUGUGUACAGAGGUCCCGCCAUCAGAGCUCUCUGCAGGAUCACUGAUACUACCAUGCUGCAAGCCAUUGAGAGAUACAUGAAGCAGGCUAUAGUGGACAAGGUGCCCAGUGUCUCCAGCUCUGCUCUGGUCUCUUCUCUGCACAUGGUGAAGAUGAGCUAUGACGUGGUGAAACGCUGGGUCAAUGAAGCUCAGGAGGCAGCAUCCAGUGACAACAUCAUGGUGCAGUACCAUGCUCUGGGUUUGCUGUAUCACCUGCGAAAGAAUGACCGUCUCGCUGUGACGAAGAUGCUCAAUAAGUUCACUAAGUCGGGCCUCAAGUCUCCGUUUGCCUACUGCAUGCUGAUCCGCAUUGCCAGCAAGCUGCUGGAGGAGACUGAGGGAGGUCAUGACAGCCCCCUGUUUGACUUCAUUGAGAGCUGUUUGAGGAACAAGCACGAGAUGGUGGUGUAUGAAGCAGCCUCUGCCAUCGUCCACAUGCCCAACUGCACUGCCCGAGAGCUGGCCCCUGCUGUGUCAGUGCUCCAGCUCUUCUGCAGUUCACCAAAGGCAGCAUUACGUUAUGCGGCUGUCAGGACUCUCAAUAAGGUGGCAAUGAAGCACCCCUCUGCAGUGACUGCCUGUAACCUGGACCUGGAGAAUUUGAUUACAGACUCUAACCGCAGCAUUGCAACUCUGGCCAUCACAACCCUGCUGAAGACUGGCAGUGAGAGCAGCGUGGACCGCCUGAUGAAACAGAUCUCCUCCUUUGUCUCAGAAAUAUCUGAUGAGUUCAAGGUGGUGGUGGUGCAGGCCAUCAGUGCCCUUUGCCAGAAGUAUCCAAGAAAACACAGUGUGAUGAUGAACUUCUUGUCCAACAUGCUGAGAGACGAUGGUGGCUUUGAGUAUAAGCGUGCUAUCGUGGACUGCAUUAUCAGCAUCAUUGAGGAGAACCCGGAGAGUAAGGAGACGGGCCUGGCUCACCUGUGUGAGUUUAUCGAGGACUGCGAGCACACAGUCUUGGCCACCAAGAUCCUGCACCUGCUGGGGAAGGAAGGUCCUCGCACCCCUUCGCCUUCUAAAUACAUCCGCUUCAUCUUCAACCGCGUUGUGCUUGAGAGUGAGGCAGUCCGUGCAGCUGCGGUGAGUGCCCUGGCUAAGUUUGGCGCGCAGAACGAUGACCUGCUCCCCAGUGUUUUGGUCCUGAUGCAGAGGUGCAUGAUGGAUAGCGAUGAUGAAGUGAGGGACAGAGCAACGUUCUACAUGAACGUCUUGCAGCAGAAACAGAAGGCUCUGAACGCUGCCUACAUCUUUAAUGGUUUGUCUGUUUCUGUUCCUGGGCUGGAGAAAUCUCUGCACCAGUAUACACUGGAGCCUUCAGAGAAACCCUUUGACAUGAAGACCGUUCCUCUGGCUACCGCGCCGAUCACAGAGCAGAAAACAGAAAUUGCUCCAGUGGCUACAAGCAAGCUCCCUGAAAAACCUGCACCCUCCCGCCAAGAUAUUUACCAAGAGCAACUCGCUGCCAUCCCCGAGUUCCAGUCUUUGGGUCCUCUUUUCAAGUCUUCAGAGCCGGUCCAGCUGACGGAGGCUGAGACGGAGUAUGUGGUGCGCUGCAUCAAGCACACGUUCGCCGCGCACAUGGUGUUCCAGUUCGACUGCACCAACACUCUCAACGACCAGCUCCUCCAACGCGUCCUGGUGCAGAUGGAGCCGUCAGAGGCCUACGAAGUGGUACACCAUGUCCCUGCAGCUAGCCUGCCCUACAACCAGCCGGGCUCCAGCUACACACUGGUUCGGCUACCUGACGAUGACCCCACAGCAGUGUCCUGCACAUUCAGCUGUACAAUGAAAUACCUGGUGCGGGACUGCGAUCCAAACACGGGUGAACCUGACGAUGAUGGUUAUGAUGAUGAAUAUGUGUUAGAGGAUCUGGAGGUGACGGUAGCAGACCACAUACAGAAAGUUCUGAAACCAAAUUUCGGUGCAGCGUGGGAAGAAGUUGGAGAUGAGUUUGAGAAGGAGGAGACUUUUGCUCUGGCCUCAGUUCGGACUCUGGAGGAGGCCGUCAACAACAUUGUCAGCUUCCUGGGCAUGCAGCCGUGUGAACGCUCGGACAAGGUUCCUGAAAACAAGAACUCGCAUGUCCUCUUCCUGGCAGGUGUGUUCAGGGGAGGUUAUGACGUGUUGGUGCGGGCUCGCCUCGCCCUCGCUGAUGGAGUCACCAUGCAGGUGACGGUGCGAAGUACAGAUGAAAACGUGGUCGACGUCAUCCUUGCGUCUGUCGGUUAAGAGGACGCUGAAAUGCCUGGAUCAGGUCACAUGUCAAUCAAACCGGGUCCAUGCAUGUUUAAAUACAGCUCUUUCCUCUCCUGUGCUAAUAUGUGUAAUAAUGUUUGUACUUUUUCCACAUCUGUCUUUGUUGCUCUUUCAACUUGGUUUUUCCAGUGGGGGGGGUGGCGUUUAGCUAAAGCAGCCGAAGUUACCAAGCAGAGAUACAGCUGCAUCUAAAAAUGUGCUGUUUUCAUUCACCACAUAGUCUGUGGCUUAAUUUUAUUCCUCUAUUCUACCUGCUGUAGUAAACGUCUGUCCACGACAACACUGUUAAAUCCAAAUGACUUUUACAUUAAUCAAUAAACAACACUCAGUAAACACA